AUCGAGCACAGCAACGAGAGGUACGUUUUCGUGAAAAAGCCAUCAAACUUGAAGAGGAUCCUGACAAAUUCGUUACCAUUACUGAAAAAGAUAAGCUCGAUUCCAUAGCAUUCCGUGAUAGAAUGCAGACUGAUGCGAGAAUGUGUGGUUAUGCAAAGGAGGCCGAAGAAAACCCCAGCAAAUAUAUGGAUAUGACAGUGCGAGAAAGAUUAAUAAGUGAAGAAAUAAUUUGCCGUUCUCUUGAGAAAAAUGGAAUCACCUCAUCAUGGCUGGAUACCAACGAGAAGUGA